AUGGUUCGCUCUAUUUCGCUGUUGCUUCCCGUUGGAGCAGCACUCGUGCUGUCUGUACACCAGCAGAAAGUUGAAGCUCAAUCACCUUUUGAUGUUCUUUCAACAGCUAUUGUUGAACUCAGCAGAGUUAUUACGGUUCCCUUUGAAGUACUCCCUGGACUCAUUUCUGGCGGAAGAAGGCCGUUUCAAGCAGACGAAAGCAGAAGACAAUAUCCUUCAGCGCCAGCCAAUGAACCAAAGAGGGUUGAUCAGUACAGCGUAAAGGAAGCAGAAAGAACAAAAGAAGUGCAGCAGCAAGAAGAGCAGCAGCAGCAGGAGCAGCAAGAAGAAGAACAGCAGCAGCAGCAGCAACAGCAACAGCAACAAGAAGAAGGAGAGCAGCAGCAGCAACAGGUUUCUGAAGCUGAAGAAGCAGAAGAAAGCCUAGCAGCGCAGGAAAUCAUUGAGGCUGCUGGCGAAGCAACAGAAGCAGAAGAAGAGCAGCAGCAGCAGCAGCAGCAGCAGCAGCAAGAGGAACAGCAGACCGAAAAAGAGGCAGCAGCAGCAGCAACAGCAACCACAGAGGAGGAGACAGAAGAAGAAACAGCAUUUCUA